UCAACGUAUGCAACCUCUGGGUCAACCCCUCGGUCCCAGAGCUCUUCCAGGACACCCAUGCAGAUCCCCAGGAGAGAUCCAGCUGCCCCACCAGCAUGGGCAUGGACGCAACAGGAGAGGCUGCUGGAGACCUGAAGAGCACGUCUCCUGUCCCAGCUGGACCCACAGACACCAAACUGGCAGCUUCUACACUGGGUGGAGCUGCAGAGGAAGAGGAGCACCGCGCACCUCUCACUCCAGUGUCACAAGAGGAGGCAGCACUGGGGCCAGCUUCUCUUGGUGUUGAUGAGCAGGAGGCAGCACCACAGGCACAGAGCCAGGCGCUUGCCCUGCUCAGCCCAAAUGCGCAUGAGGUGGGUCCACAGGAAGCAGCCGCGCUCAUCACAAGGGAGCCUCCGGUCCAGGCUGUGGAACAGGGAACCAGCCAACAGCUGGUGGAGUAUCAGGACAUGAUCCAAAACCUGGGUGUGUCAAUGGCAGCAUUGACGCCUGCACCACUUGAGGACAUUGAGUCUGCUGCGGCCUCAGAGCCUCAGGGAGAGGCCAGCGCAGCCGUUGCCUGCCUAACAGCACUUGAGGAUGAAGUGGCUGCUUUCUUGACUGAGAUCCCUGCAGCAGAGGCUGGAACAUCCCACGUUCCUCCAGGAGCAGAUGACAGUGGAGGUGCAGCAGCUUCUCCCUUGUGUCGGGACUCUCCGCGCCAGGUGAGUGAGGGUAGGGUCAGACGCUUUGUGAGGAAACACCUGGGCAAGGCUGUGACUGUCAUCCAGGGAACAAGGUAGCAGCAGGUGGAAGAGCCAGACGUGGCACUAAGCUUGGAUGCGGAGUCACCGUCAAUGUCGCCUGCUGUAGUUCAGGACAGCGAGAACCAGCCAGGCACUGCCACUCUUCCAGACCCAGGAGCGGCCCCACGGCGAUGACUCUACCGCUUCAGGAGAGUGCUGAGGGCUCUGCACAAGGCUUUCCGUUCCUCCUGCCUCAACCCACGUGUGGAGGAGUAGCACCCUGCUGCCAGCACCAGGCCCAAAGGAGCUGUGCCGAGGAUGUCGUGCUGCAGCCUGCACUUCUUGUGGGUGCUUUAUUGGGCCAGUAAAU